GCGGCUGGCCCGCGAGGCAGAGCCCGCUGCCGCCCGGGCCGGACUAGGUCCGGGGGGACCGCGGAGCAUCCGGCUCGACUCGGCGCGGACGGCAGGAUGAAGCAGGUGGGCCCUGGCGCCCAGUCCUUGCGCCUCAGCCAACGGGAGGCGAGCGGGGAGGGCACGGCCUGGGUGGAGCCAUUAGUGGAUGACACUGAGGAUGUGUCUCUUGACUUUGGGAAUGAAGAGGAACUGGCAUUAAGGAAAGCAAAAAUCAGGCAUCCCCUGGCUACCUUUUUUCACCUGUUUUUCCGAGUGAGUGCUAUUGUUACCUACUUGCUCUGUGACUGGUUCAGCAAAAGCUUUGUUGCCUGUUUUGUCACUAUUCUUCUCCUUCUGUCAUUUGACUUUUGGUCUGUUAAGAAUGUAACUGGAAGACUCUUAGUUGGCUUACGUUGGUGGAACCAGAUUGAUGAAGAUGGAAAAAGCCACUGGGUUUUUGAAGCAAAAAAGGUAUCUACAAGCAUAGCUGCCUCAACUGAAGUUGAAGCUCGAAUCUUUUGGCUUGGACUGAUUAUCUGUCCAGUUAUUUGGACAGUGUUCUUUUUUAGCACUUUGUUUUCCUUGAAGUUGAAAUGGCUGGCUCUUGUGAUAGCUGGAAUCUCCCUUCAAGCUGCUAACUUAUAUGGAUACAUCCACUGUAAAUUAGGAGGGAAAAAAAGCAUCAGCAAAGUAACUUCGAGGUUUUUGUCACAGCAGAUGUUUCAGAGGGAGAGACAAGAAGAAAUUCAGGGUAUGGAUGUCCUGAAGGAUAUGGAAAUACAUAACCACUAGGUGACUACACUCUGAUCAAAAAGAGGAGACAAUCCUAAAUUUAAGUGACUGCACUCUAAAUAUGGAACUCUACUAAUCAAAGAAAAAGAUGUCCAAGUGAUCUUAUCCAAUGAAACACAGCAUGGAAAUGCACACUACAAUUAAUCCUCAAAUGAAGAAGGCUUGAAAGUACUAAUAUUUAAAAAAAGAGACUCAGGUAAAUGUUCCAAUGAAAAUAUGUAUUUAAUGUAUAAGAGUUUCUGAAUAAAGUCUAUAUGUGAACA